GUCCCGGGCGGCGUCCUGAGGGGGACGGUGGCGUCCGGGGCUGCGGAGCCGGGGCCGGUCGGGCCGCGGGAAGGGCCGGGCUCGGGGCGCGGGGGUCCGGGCGCCAUGGUCCUCUACCCGGUGAUCCGGAAGCUGCGGCACAAGCGCGUGGUGCUGGCCAGCGCCUCCCCGCGCCGCCAGGAGAUCCUCAGCAACGCGGGUCUGAGGUUCGAGGUGGUGCCCUCCCGGUUUAAGGAGCAGCUGAACAAAGCCGCGUUCCCCACCCCGUACGCCUACGCCAUGGAGACGGCCAAGCAGAAGGCCCUGGACGUGGCCCAGAGGAUGCACCAGAAAGACCUCCGGGCCCCCGACAUCGUCAUCGGAGCCGACACCAUCGUGACGCUGCAGGGGCUGAUCCUGGAGAAGCCGGUGGACAAGCAGGACGCCUACCGCAUGCUGUCCAGGCUGAACGGGAAGGAACACAGCGUGUUCACAGGCGUCACCAUCAUCCGCUGCUCCUGCCAAGACAGCCGGCUGGACAUGGAGAUCUCGGAGUUCUACGAGGAGACGCUGGUCAAGUUCUCGCAGCUGUCGGAGGAGCUGCUGUGGGAAUACAUCCACAGCGGGGAGCCCAUGGACAAGGCCGGCGGCUACGGGAUCCAGGCCCUGGGCGGGAUGCUGGUUGAAUACGUCCACGGAGACUUCCUCAACGUCGUGGGCUUCCCCCUGAACCACUUCUGCAAGAAGCUGGCCGAGCUGUACCUCACGUGGCACCCCGAGGACCUGCCGCCGGCCCAGCAGGACUCCCUCCCCGCCGUGGACGCCCACGAGAACCUCAGCGGCCUCCUCGACGUGGAGGGCCCCGGCCGGGGUGGGGCCCGGGUGCGCGGCGACCGGCCUCAGGCUCUGGGCCGGAGGAGCUCGGGUCCCAGCCGGACGGUGGACAGCCUGCCCCCGACGCCCCUCCUGGAACUCGUGGACGGCUUCAAGGCGUCCAAGGCCCUGUUCACUGCUUGCAAGAUGAAGGUGUUUGAUUUGUUGCAAGACGACGCCCCCCUGAGCGCCGCGGAGAUCGCCCAGAAAAUCGACGCCUCUGAGUGCGGGACUGCACGGCUGCUGGACGCGUGUGCGGCCCUGGGGUUGCUGGAGAAGACGGAGAGAGGGUACAGCAACACGGCGCUGGCCGGCCUGUACCUGCCCUCGGACGGCGAGUACUCCCUGCACCCCCUCAUCGUGUACAGCGACGAGCACACGUGGCCCUUCUUCACGGAGCUGGAGGCCGCCGUCCGCGCGGGGCCCGGCCCGCACCCCGGGGCUCAGGGGCGCACGGUGGACAGCCUGUUCCAGGACUGCUUCUACCAGAGCCAGGACCGGAAGCUGCAGUUCCUGCGCGCCAUGCACAGCCUCGGCAAGCUGACCGCCCGCCACGUGGCCACGGCCUUUGACCUGUCCCGGUUCACCUCCGCCUGCGACCUGGGAGGCUGCACGGGCGUCCUCGCUCACGAGCUCGCCCGGGCGUACCCGGGGCUGAAGGUGACGGUGUUCGACCUCCCGGAGGUCAUCGAGGACGUGACGGGUUUUCAGCCGGACCGAGCGCAGUCCCCGCGGGUCAGCUUCGUGCCGGGAGACUUCUUCCGAGACAGCCUCCCCGAGGCCGACCUCUACGUCCUCUCCCGGGUCCUCCGCGACUGGCCGGACGACGAGGCGCACGCGCUGCUGAGCCGGGUCUCCGGCAGCUGCAAACCAGGCGGGGGGCUGCUGGUGGCGGAGACGGUGCUGGACGAGCCGAAGCGGGCGGCGCGGCCGGGGCUGCUGCAGUCGCUGGACCUGCUGGCGCGGCGCGGCCGGGAGCGCAGCCUGGGCGAGUUGGGGCGCCUCCUGCGGGCCCACGGCUUCGAGGUGCUGGGCGCCGCGCGCACCUCCGCCGUGGACGUCAUCCUGGCCACGCGCGCCGGCCCUGAGGCCCCCCCAAAUCCCCCUCCGCCCUGA